UAUUCUUGUCCAACAAACCAAAGUCCAAUUUUAAUUAAAGGCUCGAGGAAGCCGAGCAAGCAUCUCUAGAUUCGGGAUCCAUCGACAUCUAUCAUCCACAAACGGUGCUCCCCCAAGUCGCCGAUUCUCUUCGCGGUUUCAUCCUCCGUCAGACGCCAAUACGCAACACAUCAGCAGCACCGCAGCACGCCUCUUCAGUCGUCAACUACUCACAUCACUCCCGUCGCUCAGUCGCCUGCUCUCAGCCACUCAACCUUCAGCGGCUCAGUCAAUCGGCGCUUCCCUCAAUUUUCACAUCCAACCAUUCAUAGUCCCGUCAUGGAGGCCGACGGUUUUUCAACGACAAUAGCGGAGGCCACGCAACUGGUGAGGCUUCGUUGCUCAGUUAAGAACUACGAUUGGGGACGCAUCGAACGGGAAUCCUGUGUGGCGCGGCUCUACUCUCGCAACACUGGGGAGGAGGUCCGGGAGGACAUUCCCUAUGCUGAGUUGUGGAUGGGGACCCACGACUCCGGCCCUGCUUACGUGGUUGCUUCCUCUGACAAUGGGCUUACCAAUGGCGGUGUGAAAGAGGAGAAGUUCUCGCUGACUUUGAAGGACUGGAUUCAACGGAACCCUACUCUUGUCGGCGAGAAGGUGGUUCAGACUUGGGGUCCUGAUCUACCGUUUCUUUUCAAGGUGCUUUCUGUUGCAAAAGCUUUGUCGAUUCAGGCUCAUCCUGAUAAAGAUUUGGCUGCUCGAUUGCACAAGGAGCAGCCGGAGGUGUAUAAGGAUGCUAAUCACAAGCCCGAGAUGGCUUUAGCACUUACAGAAUUUGAAGCUUUAUGCGGGUUCGUUAGCUUUGAGGAGCUCAAACUUGUAGUCCAAACUGUACCGGAGAUUGGGGAAAUUGUUGGGAGUGGGCAUGUAGAGGAGGUGCUACAUGAAAGUGCACACGAAGUGGGUGAGAGAGCAAAACCAAUUCUUCAGUCGUUAUUUACAACUCUUAUGUCAGCUAGCAGUGAUGUGAUUUCGCAAGCUCUAACCAAACUCAUAAGCCGGUUGAAUGUUAAAAAUGAGGAAAGAGAGUUAACUGAAAAAGAACAGCUAAUCUUGAGACUUGAAAAGCAAUAUCCAAGUGAUGUUGGAGUUAUAACAGCGUUCUUGUUUAAUCAUGUGAAACUUAGUCCUGGUGAAGCUUUGUAUUUGGGGGCAAAUGAACCUCAUGCAUACCUGUUUGGUGAGUGCAUUGAAUGUAUGGCAACCUCGGACAACGUUGUGCGUGCUGGCCUCACACCAAAGGACCGUGAUGUCAAGACCCUUUGUUCCAUGCUCACAUACAAUCAGGUGUUCCCUAAAAUCCUUAAAGGAGAUGCUUUGAGUCAUUAUACAAAGAGAUACAGCCCUCCCUUUGAUGAGUUUGAGGUAGACCACUGCAUUCUCCCUCGACUAGUAACAACAGUUUUCCCAGCAGCUCCCGGCCCGUUUAUUUUUCUGGUUUUCACUGGAGAAGGAACAAUGACCACAAGGUCAUCCAACGAGGCAGUCGCCGAAGGAGAUGUUCUGUUUGCGCCUGCAAACACUAAUGUCACCGUCUCAACCGCCACAACUGGUCUAAGUGUGUUUAGAGCUGGAGUGAAGUCAUCUUUCUAAAUACAGGAAUGAUAAAAGUCAUGUGAAAAAUAGUCCUUGUUUAUACAUGUUAUGAGUGUGAGGGGUUGCUUGUAAUAUAUUUAUGCAAUGAUGAGGAAUAAGUGAAUAACAUACAUACCCCACUUUUGUACAGUGUCAUUAUAGUGAUGUAAUAUACAAAAAAAAGGAUGACACCCCAUCCCUGAGGGCCCC